GUCACUCUUGUUGUUCACAACGCUCAUGGGACGAAGUUUUAUUAAUUUAAUGUUUUUGUAUAUUGUAUUCUGUAUUCUGUUUAUGAGCGCUACAGAAACAGAGAGAGAGAAAGGGAGAGAGAUAUACUGAGGCCAGGGGCCGCAGGCAGAGAAACAGAGAAAGAGAUAUUGGCCGAGAGGGAGAGCGAGCGAGACAGCGCGCGCACUCGCACACAUAUGUACAUAUAUAGUAUUAAAAAAUCAGAUUGCGAAUAUUCGACGACUUUUUUCAUACCUAUAUAUGUAUAUGUACCCACACAACCGCUGCGUCAUCUACGAACAUACGUAUACAUCAGAUCUAACACAUAGUCCUUGCACGAAUUGGUUAUCCUCCUGAGGUAUCUGAUAUAUAGGAGAACAGCGAAAUGUCGUUCGUUGUGGCGGAUGUGCCAGUAAUUGAUUUGGCGGAGGAUCUUGAGGAUGGCGAGAUCGAUGAUGAGGAGGAGGAGGAGGCAGAGCGGCAGCAGCAGCAACAGCAGGCGAUCAAGCCACAGCAACAAACGCUUCAGCUGGUAUCCCCAGCGGAAGAUGAUGUCCAAUAUGUGGGCGUCGUUGAAACCAAGAACAAAAUAGCUGACGAGGAUGUCAUCGUUAUGGGAUUACCACCACCGGGCUCCGAAUCCGGUGGCCAGCAACAACAAAAUAACAAUAGCGGCGGCGGCAAGUCCAAGAAACCGCGACCAUUGGAAGAUGAUCAUGCAUCUAGCAUCGAGAAUGCCAUUGCAAAUGCUUUGAAAAAGAAAGGCAUUGAACCACCAAUGCCAAGGAUGCGUUCCCUUAACCAGGACCUGGGUGAUGGCGGCCCAAUAGACGGAUUUGGAACGGGACCGGGAUCAGUUGAGGCAUCUACUGGUGGCAUCCCGCAGCCCAGUCGCAGCAGCAGGCGAAGGAAGCGUAAAAAAGAACGUGAACGAGAGCAGAAAAAGGAUAGGGACAACAGUCAGAAACGUCCACGUCGCGGUGAAGAAGACGAGGCGCCUGGUACGGCGGCCGUUGGUGACGUUAGCGACGACGACAUGGAUGAAUACGAGAUGAUGAACGUCCGCGGCGGCAGUCCACCGCCCGCUGGUGCGGUAAUGCCACCCUCUGGCCAAUCCAGUGGUGCCGGUCAGCGUUUCAGCGGUGGCGACUGGGACAUCAUGGGAGAUGGGCCAUCGGUCGGAGGUGCUGGCGGUGGCUAUGACUCACAGCAGGAUCCCUACAGUAGUUACGAUUCGUAUUCCGAAGAUGAGGCGGCACCAGGUCCCGGCGGCCUUAACAGUCAACAACGCCGGCGAAUGCGUCGUGAUAGAGAUAAGGAUCAGCGUAACAACCGAAAGCGUAGGGAUCGGGAUCGCAAUGAGGGCGGCAUGGGGGGUGCAAAGCGCAAUCGUCGAGAUUCCCCUGAUGGCGGUGGUGGCGGUGGCGGUGGCGGAAUGGACAAGAUGAGCGGUCGCAUCGAUCCGCGCAAACUGGAACUGUGCAAGUUCUAUUUAAUGGACUGCUGUGCUAAGCGGGAGAAGUGCUCCUACAUGCACAAGGAGUUCCCUUGCAAAUACUAUUACUUGGGCAUGGAUUGCUACGCCGGUGAUGAUUGCCUCUUCCACCACGGCGAGCCCCUCUCCGAGCAGUUGCGAAACGUCCUGCUAAAGCACAUGGAGACGGCUCCCAAGGAGAUCCUUGGCGACUUCAAGCGCAAGUCCAGGGACGUUGCUUUGGCCCAGAUGACGCGGCGACACGAGCAGCUAUGCGAGCAGUUCAAGAAGGAAAAUACCUGGAGCACACUGGUCAGCGGUGGAAUGGGCAGGCGUCAGGAUCAACAACAUCAGCAGCAACAGCAUCAGCAGCAACAUCAGCAGCAGCAGCAACAACAGCAGCAGCAGCAACAGCAGGCGCAAACGCAGGUAGCGGAGGUGGGCGUGUGCAUUCCGUCUCUUUUAGAUAUUGUGAUUAACCCACCUCAUCAGGAGAAAAAGCGGAAAUCCCGAUGGGAAGGAAAGACUGGAGCAAAGGCGCCUGGAGGAGCAACAGAGCCGGGCAACUCAUCACCAGCAGCCGCGGAAUCCAGCAAGUCAUCGUUGCCACCCCAUCUGGAGCUGGCUAAUCUCAGUCACGUCCUAAGUCCCGAGCACAUGGCCAAGCUGAACAAACUGGGCAUUAACAAUUUGGAGCAGAUGAUGCAGGUACCCUUUGGCCAGCUAACAGAGGUGGGUCUGACGCUGGUCGAAAUCGGUGAGAUUCAACGAAUGGCCGAAGAGGCUAAGCCCCAGACGCAACCGGAAGCAGCAGACAGCAAUCAUCCGGCAAAGGUGGCGGAAACGGAAACCAACAGCAAUUCAAACAGCAAUGGCUUCAUUAUGGUGGACUACACGCAGUAUUUGAAGGAUGCCCAUGUCGGCUUCUCGGCCAACGAUCCACUGGAUGAUGAUCGGGAUGAUGAUGAGCAGCUGGUCAUCGAUGAUGGCAACGAGUCGGCCGCCGACGAUGAGGAGCAAAAGACCAGCAGUCCCGCAAAAGCAGCGCCAGUGAGUCGCCAGGAUUCCGCAACAGACGAGGCACCCCUGCCGUCCGUGUUCGAUUUGCCCAGCUUCAUGAGCAAUAUGCUCGGCAAGGGCACGUCGUCAACACAAGUUUUGCCUGCCAGCGCAACCUCGCCCAGUCAGGAGAUGUCGCCAUCGGUUGUAACCGGCGGUGAUCCAACCGGGUUGCGACCAGUGCCCAGCGGCGGCAGCAGCAGCAACGUGUUUAGCCGGCUCUUGUUCGGCGACAAGCAACCAGAUCCGGAGGCUAGAGCGGCAUUCUACCGCGACAUCAUACGCAACCCAUUCAAGGCGCACAGCGGCGACGGGGAGUCCAGCAAUGAGAACUCGAACCAUUCGAAUUCGCGUUCCCUGACACCGACGCCAACGCCGGAGCCGGGCUCACAGUCACCCAAGCAGGAUGAUGCGGAAGCAUCGCAACAGCCUCAAACAACUUCCUCGUUUUAUACCCGCUCAUCUAUGUACGAUUUCGAUCCCAGCCAGGCAGAGAAGCCUCUGCCCCGGAAUAGCGAUGAUGAUGAUGAUAAGCAGUCACAGGAUCGGGAUGUUGACAUGAGGCUGCCCUUUGAGCCAAUCAAACAUUAUUUGCCCGCCACGGAAAUCGAUGCGGCAAUCUUUUCCCAUAUUCCGCUUCGCUGGCAACUGCUGGAGGUGGAUGUGGAGCUGCCGGACUACCGUCAGCAGCGGGCCAGUGCACGGCACAAGGAGCAGCGCGAUUUGCGAGAUCCCCGCGUUCGUCGCAUUCUCGGACUGCCCGAGUUACUAGACAUGGUCGGGGCCUUGGGCUCUUCCGCAACUUCCACCGCAAGCAGCUCUCAAUCGGGAGGUGGUGACAGCUUUGGACGAGGCAUAGCCGCCGGUAUAGCUUCGCCGGAGUCUGAGACUAGUGUACGGGAUGCCACGCCCGUUUCGCCGCCGCCUAUUCAGCUACCGCCAGUCCUGAGUAGUUUGCCACCGAUGAAUACCCCGCCGCCGUCAAUGUCUGUCCCGCCCCCGAAUGUCAAGCUGGAGAAGCCUGCAGCACGAGCCGAUCCACGCCGUGAUCCCAGGAGAGCACAUCUGCAGGCACAGGCACAGGCUCAGGCCCAGGCUCAAGCACUGGCCCAAGGCCAAACGCGUCCAACAAAUGUCUCCGGCGGUAGCAAACAAAUCUCCGAGAUCCGCAACAUAAUGCAGAGCUCACCCUGGUACAAGGAUCUUGGCAGCAACAACAAGAUCAUGGUGAACCAACAGCUUGCGUUGGUGUUCACCGAACUGAAGAAGUAUCAUCAACUGCCGGAGGAUGCGCCCAAGAUCUUCGACGUGAGCUUUAUUGUCAACAAUGCGACGCUGCAGCAGAUCUUCGCCAAGCUGUUUAUCUUUGUCGACGACAAUGGGCAGGUGGUGCAGCUGCCCGAAGAGAGCAACAAUGGCGGCGGCUCACGACCGAACGUGGGAGUUGGAUCUGGAACUGGAGUGGGUGGUGGAAACGUAAUCCUGCCUAACAUGUCGCAGCCGCCGCCGAAUCUGGCACAAAUGCUGCGCCAGCCGCCGCCGAAUGUGAUGCAGAUGCCCGGCAUGAUGAUGCAAAUGGGUAACUAUAUACCGCCUUUUAGCCAGCCGCCGCCACGUCUCCUGCCAGGUGGUGGAGGAGGAGGCGGACCACCCGUCGGAGUGCCCAAUGGCAAUCCCUUUAAUCCCUUUGCCAACAACAACAACAACAAUGGAAAUGGUGGAGGCGGAAAUGGAAAUGGAGGAGGCAUGGGCAACAUGAAUCCCAUGGGCAAUAUGGGCAUGGGGAUGCCCUUCAACAACGGCAUGCCCUUCAAGAAUUUCAACAACGGAAAUGGAAACGGAAACAACGGAGGUGGUGGCGGAAGACACUUUGCGGGCGGAAAUAAUGGUGGUGGUGGUGGUGGAAACAAGCGUAAUCACCGCGGCGGCAAUCAGCGGAAUCGCAACAACAUCUAAGGAUGCACCUCAUCACACAAAGAGAAGAAAGGAGGAGGAACACGAAAAGACUUUGUUAUGCCAAAAUGAUGAUGAUUAACCCCAAACUUCCCCCCUCCCGGCCACUGCCCACUGACCCCCAUGUUAUGCUCCAUGUUAUAAUGACCCCUUUCCCCUCCCCCUUUUCAGCCUGCCCCAGAGUGUUCGCUUCCAUAUUUCUAUCCUCACUCCACUCCCCCAACCCACACAGAAGAAAUCCGGGCUUCGUCGACUGCUUUGUAUAUUGUAUUCCUUAUUCCUAUACAUUAUAACGCUGUCGGUAUAUUAUUUUUUUUGCUAGGUAUAAGUGAGGAACUCGGGAGAUAUAAGCCCUACUUACCAACUACGUACUGAUAAAGUGUAGUCUUAACUAACGAAACAGAUAAGAGAAAAGUUUAGAAAAUCCGCAUAGAUACAGAAAAGAAGGAAAGAGAGAGGGAUAAAACGUAAAAUGUCGAAGUGCGACAAUUUUUACGAUAUUUCUUUUUAUUUAAUUUUUUUUUUAACUGUAGGUUAAACAGUUUUAUUUGUAACACCUUUGUACACACUUGAUAAUCUAGACAUACAAGAACUACAAAUAAAUGACAUGUUGUAAUAGUAAUUCGAUUCGAAAUGUAGGAUUAGAGCAUAAAAC